AUGCAGGCUUUACAAUACCAGCAAGAGCAGCAGGAAUUUGAUCAUCAUAGAGCUUCCCUUCAUGAGCAGCAUCUUGAGGAGAUCCACCAAUAUCUUAUAGAGGCCCAGCAGAGACAUAUAGAGCAUAGAGCACAAACACAGGCAGAGCAGCAGAUUAUUCUUGAGCAACAACAAGAAAACAAUGCCCAGCCACAAGAAGUCCAUCAGUAUCAUUUGAACCUUUCCCAGCAGAUUCACGAUGACAAUCUUGCCAUUCAACACAAUCACCAUGCUCUAGCUCAAAAUCAAGUAAUGCAACAGCUACCUCUUGGUCGUCGUCCUUAUCAAGAGCCUGACGCACGCUAUAGUGUUGGCCAUAUGGAUGUUGAAUGUUCCCACUGCAAAGCCCUUCACUUUUCCUCUAAAAAGCUAUCAUUCUCUACUCGCAAUCACAUCCGCUUUGGCAUGUGCUGUUUACAAGGCCAAAUUAGGCUGCCUGUGUUAUUGGACCCUCCUCAAACAUUGCGUAAUCUUCUCUGUGGAGACACUGAGAAUGCCAAAUCAUUCAGGCUAAAUAUCAGGCAAUACAAUAGUGCAUUUGCAUUUACUUCUAUUGCUGCCAAGCUAUCAGAUCAUGUUACCACUACUUCUGGGCCAUAUGCAUUUAAAAUCCACGGAGAACUUUAUCAUCAAAUGGGUACCCUGCUACCACCCAACCAUCUUAGACCUUCCUAUGCUCAGCUCUAUGUUAUUGAUCCUCAGGCUGCACUCAAUGAGCGCAACAAUGCCAAUCCUAACUUGAAGUCUGAGAUCAUGAAUAACUUGCAGGAUAUGUUUCAUGAGCACAAUCCUUAUCUAAAGCAUUUCAGCCAUCUUUACCCUCACUACAGUCCCUUGCAUUAUGUGACAUUAUUUCCACAUGGCGAACAAGGCUUUCAUCCUAAUAUUCUUGCUCAUCCUGGACCUGAUGGCCAAAUGCUCUCAUCCAAGGUGUCUCAGCGCUGCUAUUAUGCCUAUUGUCUUAUGCACCGUCUGCUUGAUCCUGAAACCAUCUUUAGAGCUGGCAAGCUAUUUCAGCAAUAUGUGGUUGAUGCUUGGGCAUCUAUUGAGUCUAGCAACCUUUUCUGGAUCAGGAACCAUCAGAAGGAGAUCAGAGCUGAAAAGUACCAGUCAUUGUUUGAUGCUAUCCAUGCAGAAGCUGAGGUAGACCUAGGCCAGCGGGGAAAAUGUAUUGUGCUUCCCUCUACUCAUGCAGGCAGUCCACGUUAUAUGUAUCAGCUUUUCCAAGAUUCUAUGGCUAUCACUCGCCACUGCCAUAAGCCUGACAUCUUUAUCACCAUGACUGUAAACCCUAACUGGCCAGAGAUCACUGAACAGCUCUUAAAAUAUGAUGGUGGUUCAACUCAACAGCCUUUUGAUCGUCCAGACUUGGUUGCACGUGUGUUUGCCUUAAAGAUGAAGGCUCUUAUAAAGGAUAUCAAGGAGGGCCUGUUUGGCAAGGUGGCAGGGAUGGUUUAUACCAUUGAGUUUUAA